AUGGUAAGAGCUACUGAGUUUGGUGGUUCUCCUACAAAAUGUGGUUAUAGACCACACACUAGAAUAUUUAAUGUAGACCAAGAAACAAGAUUGGCUAUUUAUUUAAAAAACUGUGCUGAUAUGUAUUUCGGCUUAAGCACUAAAUAUGUCAGAAAACUAGCAUUUGAAUUUGCUAAAAAAAUGAAUUUGAAAAUGCCAGCUUACUGGACUGAGAACGAAUUUGCUGGUAUUGAUUGGUUUGUUAGUUUUCUUAAGCGUAAUCCUACCUUGUCUAUUCGUCAGCCAGAGGCAACUAGUUUAUCAAGAGGUAUGAACUUUAAUCAGAUUAAUGUAAACAUUUUUAUGGACAAAUAUGAAUCAGUGCUUACUAAACAUAAAUUCGAGGCAUUUCAGAUUUUUAAUCUAGAUGAGACUGGUAUAACCACGGUACAAAAUCCAUAUAAAAUAGUAGCACAGAAAGGUAAAAAACAAAUUGGUGCCAUAACGUCUGCGGAACGUGGAACUUUGGUUACCAUGUGUUUGGCUGUUAGUGAGGUUGGAAAUGCCAUUCCACCAAUGUUUAUUUUUCCUAGGGUUAAUUUUAAGGAUCAUUUUAUUAGAGGAGGACCUCCAGGUUGUAUAGGGACCUCAAAUAAAUCUGGAUGGAUGCAGAGAGAAGAAUUUUUGAAAUUUAUCACACAUUUCACAAAUCAUGUGCGACCUACAAUUGAAAAAAAAGCAAAUGGUAUUGUUUUGUUAUCCUUUCCACCACACUGUUCGCACAAAUUGCAGCCAUUGGACAGGUCUGUAUUUGGGCCUUUUAAAAAAUGUAUUAAUCAAGAAAUAGAUUCAUGGCUAAAAAGUAAUCCAGGGAAACGGUUUACCAUUUAUGAUUUGCCUGCUGUAACUACUAAUGCUAUUUUAAAUGCAGCUACACCUAGGAACAUAACCAGUGGAUUUGCUGUAUCUGGUGUGUGGCCUUUUAACAGAAAUGCAUUUAGUAUAGAUGAAUUUGCACCAGCAGUUGUGACGGAUAUAAUGUUACAUACCACAGAAAACAAUAAUAAACACAAAGUAUAA